AUGGCGCCAAUGCCUGAAGGCCAAAACGGGUUCGAAAAUGCCAUGCAUGAUGCUUCUGGAAGUGUUCCAUCUUCAAAUCAAGUGACCUUCAACGAAGACACGAUCCUCGAGGUUGACCCCAAUAUUGACGCGUCAGCUACGCAAACGAACUCGCAAGAUCCUUUUAGCCUUAGUCGGCACAAGAAGUCGACGCUCUCACGAUCCUCGAUUAAGGCAGACUACCCGACAGGGAAUCAUAGAAAGAUCCACAAAUAUUAUACUCGGCAGAAUGCGCUCAUUGAUCAGUUCCUUCAGAGCAACGACGAGGAAACUUUAGCCGCUCAAGACUUUGAGAAAAACGGGAGCAAGGUGAAAUGGGCCGUGAACCUGAGUUUCAUGGUCAAUUUCUGUUUGUUUAUCAUUCAGAUGUACGCUGCGGUCUCGACGGGGUCUUUGUCGCUAUUUGCUACCGCAGCAGAUGCUUUUAUGGAUCUUGUCUCAUCAAUCGUGAUGUUGAUAACGUCCCGAAUGGCAGCUCGGCCUAAGCCCCACAAGUACCCAGUUGGGCGGCGUCGGAUCGAAACAAUGGGGAUCAUCCUAUUUUGUGCCUUGAUGACAACUGUUGCCAUCCAGUUGAUCAUUGAGUCUGGCCGAGCACUGGGAAGUGGCGAAUCGGAGGGUGGUGAAGAGCUGCAAAUCAUCCCACUCGUAUUCGUAGGCAUCGCAAUCUUCUCUAAGUUUUGCCUAUUCUGCUAUUGCUUCUGGCUCCGCCGGUAUCCAGCUGCACGAAUUUUUUUCAUCGACCAUCGAAACGACUUGGCCGUCAAUGUUUUUGGUUUGGUCAUGUCCGUGGUUGGUGACCGUUUUGUUUGGUACCUCGAUCCGAUCGGUGCUAUCUGCAUUGCCCUAUUGAUCCUCUUCUCGUGGGUCUCCACCGCGUUUGAGAAUGUGUGGUUGCUUGUGGGCAAAUCUGCACCCCGAGAGUUCGUCAAUAAAUGCAUAUACGUUUCACUUACGCAUGACGUUCGGAUCCAGAAAGUUGACACUUGUCGAGCGUAUCACGCUGGGGAGCUAUAUUAUGUUGAGGUGGAUAUUAUCAUGGAUCCUAGUACUCUGCUUCGAGACUCUCACGACGUUAGCCAGUCUUUGCAGCGGAAAUUGGAGGGCCUGGCCGCAGUAGAACGAGCAUUCGUCCAUGUUGAUUAUGAAGACGACCACAAUGUUCAUGAGGAACAUAAACCACUUUUCGAUCCGGCUACCUAUCAACAACCUCGAACGUUGAAGGAAUGGAUGAGGGAUAUGCUUGACAAGAUCCAUGAGAGAAAAUAG